GACACUCGUGAGGUAGUCACUUGGGCAGAAGGCUUGCAGCUUGGGGCCGCUGCCAGGGAGAGGUUGGUGACUGGCAAGAUUAGCGAGCCGGAAGAUUUGGCGGAAGUUGCCAAAUCCCUGGAAAUCAACCUGCUCAUCUUCAGCACUCCAACGGUGCCACAAGCUCAAUCGGUUCCAAGUUACAGGGUUCCACCUGUGGAGGUUCCUGGACCUGAAAUCUUUCUCUGGGCGCACAAAGUGAAAGACGGUGAAGGGAAGGAAAGUCCGCACUAUGUGCCUCUCCUCCUGGCACAGAGUGCCAUGCCCGCGCAAGGAGGUGGGGGACAGACCAGCUUGCGGCGCUUCAUCUUGCCAGUUCGUUUUGGCCAGGACUUACACAAGAAGGGUAUCAACUUGGAGAUCAAAUUGCACGUGAGAUCAAGGUGGGCAAGCGAGAAGACACCGUGA